AGUUCUCUCAUGGUUGAGUCCUGUGACACUGUGUUUCAGGUGUUCUGAGGCAAUAUACUGUGAUGAGUGUCUGUGCCUUAAAGGGGUCAUCAGUGGACCUGCGCUGUCCUAUUCCCAGUUUGACCCAAGUCACAGAGAUGGUCUGGUAUAACGAAUGGUCGAAUGGUAAGACUUAUGAUCUGAGAAGGGACCCUAAUUAUGAAGGUCGUGUGGAGUACCAUGGAACUACAGAGAAGGACUGCAUCCUGAGAAUCACAGACCUGAGACAGAGAGACAUAACAACAUAUUACUUCAGAUAUAAAACAAACCAGUAUUCAGAAUGGAAAUAUUCAUAUGGAUUCCCUCUCAGUCUCACAGAUCUAAAGGUGGAGAGGAUAUAUGACAACAAACUGACAUGUAAAACCACCUGUACUCUGACUGGUAACCCCACAUACAUCUGGUACAAGAAUGGACAACAUCUAGAUGAGAGCACCUCCCCCCAGUACAAAGACCCAGUCUCCAGUAACUAUGUAGACAGCUUCUCCUGUGCUGUAAAAGGCCAUGAGGAUCUCCGCUCUCCUGCAGUGUGUGCUCAGGGUCACAACUGCUGGAGAGUGACUUACACCAAGAGGAGAAUCUGUGUCUUGAAGGGCUCCAAAGUGGACAUAUCCUGCUCUUACACUCAUCCCACUAGUUACAUAGAACAAGGUUCAUUCUGGUUUACACAGAAACACCCUGUAGAUCUCAGUUCAUAUCCAGAGUAUGCAGGUCGUGUGGAGUACAAUAGAAACACAGAGAACCACCACACCAUGACAAUAACACACCUGACAGAGAAGGACUCUGCUGAAUACAAAUUCAGAUUAACAACAACAGAUGAGGGGAGAUUUUCUGGCCUUCCUGGUGUGAUGUUGACUGUCACAGGUAAUAAUAUCCUGUUGGAGAUGGAUCCUACGUCUGUGUCAGAAGGGGAGAGAGUCACACUGAGAUGUAGAACCAAAUGUACAGUCGGUCUCAACCCCAACUACAUCUGGUACAAGAACGGACAAUAUAUAGAGCAGAGGACUUCCUCUAUGUACUCUAAAUAUGUCUACAGUGAGGAUGAAGGCAGCUACUCCUGUGCUGUAAAAGGCCAUGAGGAUCUCCACUCUCCUGCAGUGUAUGGUCCAAGGAACACCUCAGUGUCAGUCAGUCCCUCUGGUGAAAUAGUGGAGGGCAGUUCAGUGACUCUGACCUGCAGCAGUGAUGCCAACCCACCUGUGGACAAAUACACCUGGUACAAGAAGAAUGUAGCCUCACCAAAAGCAUCAGGACAGAGUUACAGCAUCACUAACAUCAUCUCUGAGGACAGAGGAGAAUAUUACUGUGAGGCCCAGAAUGGAAGAGGAUCUAUGAACUCUACAGCUCUGAUGAUCAUUGUAGCAGGGAAACAAACAUCAGUUGUGACUGCAGCUGUAGGAAUCAUAGUGGUUGUUCUGGUUCUCAUCCUCUGUCUCUCUGGACUCAUGUGGUCCAGGAAGAAGGUCUCCACAUCCACCUCCAACACAAGAGACACAGCAGAAGAUGGACAGGGAGACUCUAGUCCAGUGUAUGACAACAUCUCAGUCAUGGCCAUGACCCCUACUGCAGCACAGACAGCAGCCACAGACGACCAGGAUGAUGUUCACUACGCCAGCGUCUACUUCUCUCGCUCCAAAAACCAGGAAGUGCCUCUGUACUCCACCGUCCAGCUGAAUCAACCACAGAAACAUGACCAAGAUGUCCAAUACGCUGCUGUGAAAUUCAACCUCCCCAGUUCUGCCACCCAACCAGCAGCAGCACAAGCAGCUGAGGUGGAUCCCUCUGAGAUCUACAGUACAGUCAACAAACCCAGAACCAAGAAGACUUGAAUAUAACAAACCCAGAACCAAGAAGACCUGAACACAACAAAACCAGAACCAGGAAGACCUGAACACAACAAACUCAGAAACAAGAAGACAUUAACAGAACAAGUUUUACAAAAACCUUGUAUAUCUGGACCUGUAUAUUCAAACUAAGUGACAUAAGUCCUGAGGGGGUGUGGAAUAUUGGCCAAUGUAAACCAGUAGGUUCGAGGCCUGAAUGCUGAUUUGCUGAAAGGUGUGGUUUAUCAGUAUGACAUAAAAUUACUAUUUACUGGUCUAUUUAUGUUGGUCACCAGUUUCUAGUAGCAAUAUGGCACAUCGGGGUUUGUGGUAUGUGGCCAAUAUACCACGGCUAAGGGCUGUAUCCAAGUACUCAGUGUUGCAUUGUGCAUAAGAACAGCCCUUAGCCAUGGUAUAUUGGCCAUAUACCACACCUCCUCAGGCCUUAUUUCUUAAGUUUAUAAUAGCAAUAACAAACUUCAGGGGUUUGUGGUAUAUGGACAAUAUACUGUACCACGGCUAAGGGCUGUUCUUGAGUGAAUAUGCCGUGGUAUAUUGACCAUAUACUGCAAACCCCUGAGGUAGCUUUUGCUAUUAGAAACUGGUUACCAACAUAAAUGGAACUGUAAACAAGUAUUUUUGCGUCAUACCCGUGGUAUAUUGUCUGAUAUACAGUAUACACUUCUGAAAUGCUUUUUCAGCCAAUCAGCAUCCAGGACCCAAACCACCCAGUUUAUAAUUGUAUAUAAUAAUAUUUUCCAUCCAACAGACACUUUUAUCCAAAUUCACUCAGUCAUUACAGUCAUGUUCGAAUACAUUUCUCGUAUGGGUCCUAUCCCAGCAGUGUCACGCUCAUUAAAAUGGACUGACCAAGGCGCAGUGUGAGUUGGGUUCCACAUAUUUAUUUGCAGUGAAACUUAAACCAAAAACAAUAAACAUACAUGAACUACGUGGUGCUGAAUGCACUCACACAAAACAAUAUCCCACAAAGCAGGUGGAAACAGGGAACCCUUAAGUAUGAUCCCAAAUUAGAGACAACGAACAUCAGCUGCCUCUAAUUUGGAACCAUACUAAGAGCACCAACAUAGAAAUGAAAAGACUAGAACACCCCCUAGUCAUGCCCUGACCUACAACACCAUAGAGAACCAAGGGCUCUCUAUGGUCAGGGCAAGACAAGCAGGAAUAGAACCCAUGCACCAUGCUCUACCAACUGAGUCACACAGGACUACUGUAUUCACACUCAGAGUAGGAGUGCUGAUCUAGGGUCAGUUAUGCCUUUUAAACUAUGAUGAAUAAGAAGGACCUUAACAUUU